AUGUGUCCCAGGCGGCAUUCGGAAGCCCAGUCUCAUGUUGUCUGGGCCCAGCGGCUGUCCGUCCCCUCCGCGCCCUGGGGUCUGUGGCCAGGCGGUUGUGAAGAUACGUCCUUCGGAACGCCGCCUGGCUAUGGCUGCGCCGCAGACCAGGCGGAGGAGCAGCGCCGACACCAGGACGGACUGCCCUACAUCGAUGACUCGCCCUCCUCCUCGCCCCACCUGGGCAGCAAGGGCAGGGGCAGCCGGGAUGCGCUGGCCUCGGGCGCCCUGGAGUCCGCCAAAGCGACUGAGCUGGACCUGGAGAAGGGCUUGGAGAUGAGAAAGUGGGUCCUGUCCGGCAUCCUGGCGAGUGAGGAGACGUACCUCAGCCACCUGGAGGCGCUGCUGCUGCCCAUGAAGCCUCUGAAGGCGGCGGCCACCACCUCCCAGCCGGUGCUGACCAGCCAGCAGAUCGAGACCAUCUUCUUCAAAGUGCCUGAGCUCUACGAGAUCCACAAGGAGUUCUACGACGGGCUGUGCCCCCGCGUGCAGCAGUGGAGCCACCAGCAGCGCGUGGGCGACCUCUUCCAGAAGCUGGCCAGCCAGCUGGGCGUGUACCGGGCCUUUGUGGACAACUACAAAGUCGCCAUAGAAAUGGCCGAGAAGUGCUGCCAGGCCAACGCGCAGUUUGCAGAGAUCUCCGAGAACCUGAGAGCCAGAAGCAACAAGGAUGGCAAGGACCAGGUGACCAAGAACUCCCUGGAAACCCUGCUCUACAAGCCUGUGGACCGGGUGACGCGGAGCACGCUGGUCCUGCACGACUUGCUGAAGCACACGCCCCCCAGCCACCCCGACCACCCCCUGCUGCAGGACGCCCUGCGCAUCUCCCAGAACUUCCUGUCCAGCAUCAACGAGGAGAUCACGCCCCGCCGGCAGUCCAUGACCGUGAAGAAAGGCGAGGUAAGCGUGGCCGCGGUGGAGGGGGGCGGGGUCCCCUCUGGUCCUCAGCGGACGGGCCCUGGACGGUUCAGUGGGACACAGGAAGUGCAGUGCCUUUUGGGGUCCCUGACCCUGGCGAGGUCCCACCCAGUCCCGUGUGCAGGGCGUCAGAGUGGAGUGUCACAGGCGCGUGCCUCACUCGGCCGCCUCUUUCUUUCUCCGUCACGGGGGGUAUGUCCAGGGUACCCCUUCUGUGACCCACACUUUGCCAGCUCAGGGUCCCCGCUGAGGAGACGGGACAAGGAGGGUGGCCUAUGGCCUGCCUGGAACCACCUAGUGUCUCCUGAGUGUUCUUUUAUUCGAGAACAAUUGUCGCUGGAUUUAAGGACCUAA